CAUCAACAUCGCGAACAUAUGAACCAGGAACGUUGUUGAUAGAGCUGCUAUAGCCAACCUCUUCAAUAUUAUACAACCUCUUUCUUCUGACAUCUGCAGUCUUUGCGGACAUCAGCCAUUGUUUUCGGCGUGCGGAUUGUGGCGGAUUCUCUUCUUCCUCUCGUUAUCCUGGGCCCACGGUCUUGUUGUUCUCGCGAGUACUCGACCACGCCUUGCCAUCGAUCUACCUUUACCUCCCACGACCCCCUCUACGAAAUAAUUGUAAUGAUCUCUCACGACUCAUAGCGACUGCUCGCAGAUCGUCAUUUUGCUGUCAACGAAAACUUCCCACCGCGAACAUAACACGACAAGGGAGCGCUUAGAUCUGGAACAGCCUCGAGCUCGAUACACAACCGCCGAGCAACUCAAGUUGUCGGCUACAUGGCCAGACCCUCGUAGCACCUCCAUACCCGAAUCGAACCUGUGUCCUUCUUUUGCAAACACCAAGAUGGCGCCUACCCACACCUGCGUGGUGAACCAGCUACGGCAGCUUGUCUAUUACCACCUCGACAACAAUCUCCUGAAGAAUGCUCUCUUCUUUGCUGAACGUCUAGAGGCUAUCGACAGGCGGUCUUCGGAGUCAGCUCACCUCCUUUCUCUAUGCCACCUGCGCUUAGGCGAUAAUGCUUCAGCUUACGAAUACUCGAAAACCGCGGGGUCAAGGGGAUCUCAACUCGGAUGUACCUAUGUCUUUGCGCAAGCUUGCUUGGCCUUACACAGAUACAAAGAUGGGAUAACGGCGCUGGAGAAAGCCAAAGCGUUAUGGGGGGCAAAGAAUAACUUUGGAAAGCACACAGCAAACUCGAGACAACUGCUGCCUGACGCUGCCGCUGCAAGCUGUUUACUGGGAAAGCUGUACUAUGGAUAUGAUGAUAAGCUCAAGGCGACACGUUGUUUCGAGGAAUCCCUGAAGUUAAAUCCUUUUAUGUGGGACGCGUUCACAGGUCUCUGCGACAUGGGAGUUCCUAUGCGGGUCGAGAAUAUCUUUAAGAUGAACCCAGAGAUGGAGGCGAUUAUAAAACAAGGGUACCCAGAUCAGUUGGAGUCACAGUCUUCGAAGGACUCGGUAGCCUCGAUCUCAACAAUGCCAGAUCAGGAACGAACUCGGCCCAGCACCCGACCCGCCUCAGUCGUCAGCGAUACUCCAGAUCCAUUCAACAACGUGUCAACUCGAGGCUUUGCGGGUGGGAUUUUUGGAACAUUGGGAAUUUCUCAGAAGCUUAACGAGAGCAAUCCGAGUCUGACAAAUCUUCCAGCAGCUGGAGGUGGAGGCAUUGGACCAGAAGCUAUGGAAACACCAACAGGACCGAGCGCUAUCCUCGAUGUGACCCAGAAUCGACGAGAUCCUGGUGUGUUAGCAUACUCCAAUGAAGCACCUCCUGCACCAACAAGGAAAACACGAACAUUGCAAGGACUUGGAAUGGAUUUCUCAGUGGACGCUCCCAAGAUGAGUCGCGGUAUAACUUCGAAGCGUUCACAGAAACUUCCAAUGCCACGUGCCAUCCCGUAUGAAGAGCACGUAGACGAAUCCGCAGCUGCACAGGCUGUCCGAUCCAACAGUGUGUCACAUACUACAGGCGACCGGAAAAGAACAGUUUCAGGUCAGGUCGUGCCCAGACAGAGUUCAGAAGAUCCAGGUGCACCUCAGCGGAGAAGUGUCAGACUCUUCAAUCAAAUUAGGCCGACAAGCACGAAGUCGUCGAGUAACGGUCCAACCAUCGGAUUGCCAGCAGGGCGAGAACUCAAGAAGACUAGACAGCCCAUAUCCAAGAUCAUGCGGCCAAGCUCAAGUGCCUCAACGGUUGGUCGUCAAGUUAGCGGGAACAGGAAACCCGUCGAAGAGCCUAUGGACGUUGACCAAAAGGAGACGAGCUCACGUUCUUGGUAUGGAACGGUCACCAGCAUACAACCUCCUAAAUCGUCGGAGCCAGACUCUGUGAAGCAGGAAGUGGCCUUGAAAUUCUUGCUUGAUCUGUUUAGAACGUUUGGCAGCGGCUAUUUUGCAUUGUCAAAAUUCGCGUGCGCAGAUGCUUUGCAACUGUAUAAUCAGUUGCCUAAACAACAACAAGACACUGCUUGGGUGAUGGCUCAGAUGGGUCGUGCUUAUUAUGAGCAGGCAGCGUACGCAGAAGCUGAGAAGUAUUUCAAAAAGAUCAGACAACUUGCACCCACUCGGUUCGAGGAUAUGGAGAUAUAUUCCACUAUCCUGUGGCAUCUCAAACGCGAGACUGAUCUUGCAUUCCUUGCUCACGAGCUUAUUGACUCGUCAUGGCAGUCUCCUCAAGCUUGGUGCGCGCUUGGAAAUUCAUGGUCACUUGCCAGAGAUCACGAGCAAGCUUUACGCUCUUUCAGACGUGCCACUCAAUUAGACUCCAAGUUCGCCUACGCGUUCACACUCCAAGGACACGAGCAUGUUGCCAAUGAAGAGUAUGACAAGGCACUUGUUGCUUACCGAGCCGGUAUGACUGCUGACAAGCGGCACUACAAUGCUUGGUAUGGUCUUGGUAGAGUGUACGAGAAGCUUGGAAAUUAUGACAAGGCCUUCUUCCACUUCGAAAACGCUUCGCGGAUCAAUCCUACCAACGCUGUCCUGAUUUGUUGUAUUGGUACCGUACUCGAGAAGCAAAAGGACGCUCGACAAGCUCUCCUCUACUUCACGAAGGCCACUGACUUGGCGCCUCGGUCUACCUUGACCAGAUUUAAGAAAGCAAGAACACUGAUGGCUUUAGGCUUGCUUGAUCACGCUUUGAGUGAGCUCACCGUGCUGAAGGAUAUGGCUCCGGAUGAAGCCAUGGUGCAUUUCUUACUCGGCAGAUUAUACAAGAGUAUGAGAGAACGUGGACUCGCUGUACAUCAUUUCACCAUUGCCUUGAACUUAGAUCCUAAGGCGAGUCAGCAGAUUAAGGAAGCUAUCGAGAGCAUCGAAGAAGAUGAUGAGGACUACGAGAACAGCAUGACCGCUUGAGUCAACUCUCAAGCUCCAUGUUCUACUUCUCCGUUGUGUUGGGGAAGCGACGUUUUGAGCCAUUGUGCUCCAUAAACACUAUUAUUAUUUUCCGCCACGCCUUCACCGUCACCGACUUCAUCCUCUUCACCCUCACAUAUAAUUACACAGCUGCAUAACAGCAUGCAGCAUGAUGAUACGAUACAGACGUUAGUUCUUGGGUCUCGGGGCGGGGCACAGAACCACGGAAGCAUUGCAUAAAAACCGGCGUUAUCUUUGGGAUUGGAAGUGAGAAACUCACACUAUUAUGGUGAUCAUAGCGUGGGUGUUGUUCUAUUGUACAUAGGAUUGUCAGGGUAUGGAAUCAUUGUGGCAUUGACAUGGUGCGAGGUCAAUUUCUGUGAUGAUGGUACAGUCCAAGGGGUGUAUGGAUUUUGCACCAAGCAGAGAAAUAGAAUGCUCG